CGCCUCGCCUCCCCGGCUGGCCGGGCGCCGCUGCUCCGGGUCCCGGGUCCCGGGUCCGGCUCGCGCGGCGGGGACAUGAGCGCGGCGGCGGCGGCGCCCGAGCGCGGCUGGAAGAGCGGGAAAGUGGACGAGGCGCAGGCCCUGGCGCGGAGCUGUGCCGCCCGCAGACCCGACUUCCAGCCGUGCGACGGACUGUCCAUCUGUGCCACCCACAGCCACGGCAAGUGCUUCAAGCUGCACUGGUGCUGUCACCUGGGAUGGUGCCACUGCAAAUACGUGUAUCAGCCUAUGACCCCCGUGGAGCAGCUUCCUAGCACUGAGAUUCCCGUGAGGCCGCGGGAACCCACAAACACCAUUCAGAUCUCAGUCUCACUCACUGAACACUUUUUGAAAUUUGCAUCUGUCUUCCAGCCCCCUUUGCCCCCCGAUUCACCAAGGUACUGUAUGAUCUCAGACCUCUUCAUCGACAACUAUCAGGUAAAAUGUAUCAAUGGCAAGAUGUGCUACGUGCAGAAGCAGCUGGCACCACAUCCCCACAAAAUGAACCCCGAGGAGGUCUCUGCACACAAUGCCUUAAUUUCAAAAGAGAGCAAUACACCAAAAAUAGAUCCCUGCUCUUCUCCUUCAAGUUCUGAGGACUCCGGGAUCAAUGCCAUCGGGGCUCACUAUGUGGAAUCCUGUGAUGAAGAUACAGAAGAAGGGGCAGAACUGAGUUCAGAGGAAGAUUACAGCCCCGAGAGCAGCUGGGAGCCAGACGAGUGCACCCUGCUAUCGCCCUCACAGUCAGAUCUGGAAGUGAUUGAAACGAUAGAAACCACUGUGUGAAGGUCCCUGCUGGAGGAGGCUGAGUCCUCUGAUCCAGGCUGAGUUUUUCUACUUUUGUCUGAUGGGGCCUUUUCCCAGUGCAGUUGAUAUUUUCUACCCCUCUCUAAUAACCAUAGCAGUUCACUGGUCUGCUAAUUAGGUUUACUCUGCAAUUUGUCUUGUAACUAAGACAUUCUUUUUUUUUCCUUAGUUUUCUUUUGUAUCUCAACUAAUUUUCUAUGUAGCAUCUGGUGUCAUGACUUGUGACCCAGCCUUAAUUUCACUAAGAACUUUGAUCAGAAUAUCAUGGAUUAGGUUUGAGGCUCUACCCAGAGUGAAGGACAUAUUAUAUAUAUUUUAAUAGCCAGUUCUUCACAGAGAAACUCUGGACAUCUCUUUGGGGGUGCUGACUGGUACCCCUACUCUGCCAGUCCCAUGUGUAAAUCAGCUCAUUUGAAUGGAAUAGUGUUCACUAGUAUUACAGAUGCCAUUCUGCCCCCUUCCCGUUCUCCUCACCACCUGCACUGGCUCUGAGCCAGCGCUGCCUUGGUUUACUUCUGGGAGGUGUGAUUGGCAGCCCAGUCAGCCCCCAGGUAUGGCCAGUGUCUGCAACCCCUGCAUGACCUGGGGCUGAACAUAAGAAGAGACGACACCGUCAAUCCCAUGCACACUCCAGCUUUAGCUGAGCACCUGCACACAGAAAGGGUGUUUUGGGGAUACAGAAAGAAAAAGACCCAACAUCCAAAAUGGAGGGACACACAAUCCAGUAGAGAAUUAAUCAAAGUAGAGGAAGUAACACACGUAAGGACAGGACCCAGCGUGUUGUGGGACCCGGGCAAGAGGAAUACUUGGAUUGGGCUCGGUGGGGUUAGGGGAGGGUGUCGCAGAGUGUGAGCCAGCCUCUUGGGUAGGCCUCCCAGAUUCCCUCUUUUUCUUAAUUGUUCUUCAAACAGUAAGACUUUUUUUUUUUUGGCAAGUUUUACCAGUAAUAUACUUAAGAGGCAGCCACAUUUGACUUCUUGAGAAAAAAAUAUGUAUCAGUAAUAGUUUUAGUUAGCAUGGCAAUGCUCAAGACAGCAUUUCCCUAGGGGUUAGGAAUGAAUCUAAUAGGUUUGAUUAAUUCUGCUUCAUUUGGUUGUAUGAAGCAUUUUUAGAAUAAACACUUAGGUGAGAAAUGGAUAAGCAUUCAGAUGAUGCAUGGAUUUUUUUAUACAAAUGUAAAAGCAGUUCAAAUUGCUAAGCCAGGAGAAAAUAUUUUGUGUAAUAUUCAUUCACUUGACUAGAAUAAACAUGAUGUGUCGCACACAUUCUGUUUUCACGCACACACAAAAUAGCAAAUAAUUCUUCCUCAUUUAGCUCUCUUCAGAAUUCUGCUUCCAAUCUCCAUUUGUACCAGGUGUUCUUGCGUGAGUUGGUUAUCUGUCCUUUCUACAAAUCUGCUCUUUCUGAGGUCUAGUUAAAAUUUAGGAAAUUAAAAAAUAUGGCCUAAUGAAACUGGAACUAUCCAAGUUGGAGCUGGAGAUGCAUUUCUUACAUUUUAACUCUCCACGCGUGUGCUCACGCCACUCACUGUCUUGUGCUGUGAGCAUUCCAGCACGUCUCUUCUAUGUAACAUUCGUUUGUGUCAUAGGAAUUGAGAGAGGCCUGCUGUGUUCUUCCUUGAAACCUCGUUUGGCCACUCUCAGCAGAAUCUGCCAUCUUAGGCGUAUAUGUGGUUCUGGUGACUGACUAGAACAAUUUGUUAGGUCUGGCUGCCCCACACACCUGUAGGAUAUGGGAAGCAGAAUAUGCAUUUCUCUUUGAAGACAACAUUAGUUAAAACUCUGUGCUAGAUGAGAGUGCAGCGCAAAACACCCACUUACUGAAAUGUGAAGACUCAACAUGUGAAACCACUAACGAAGGGCAAAGAAAUCCAGAAGAGCAGGGCAAAGAAAAGGACCAGUGCAGUGGGGGUGGCCCAGGGGCUUUCCCAGUCUGGCCUUGCCACCCUUCCCCCCCCCACCAGGGAGGUUUGGGGGCAGCUGCAGAGCCCUGCCUGGGUUCUCAGUGCCUCCUGUGAUUCGGUGACCAGCUGAAGGCGGGUUUGGAAGCAGGAUGCCUGAGAGCCUCAGCUUUCUGGCUCAUUGCUGUGUACUCAGAGUGGUAGCAGCAACACCAGGACCCCAUCUGUGCCCACCCUUUGGGUGAGAGCACUGCAUCCCCUGCACUGGGCAUAAGGAGGGUCAUCUCUGUACCAUCCCUGUCAGUUCUAGUCCAUUAAAUUAGCUGGAAAGCUGGAAGCCACCACGUCUCCAAAGCCAUGGGAAUACAUGGUCGUAGGCCACAGCUGGCCAUUAUCAGGACAGGGCCCUUCGUUAAGUGAGCUCCACAACUUUGCCCAGGGUCCUGUUUGUUGUUGUUGUUGUUUGUUUAAAGAUUUUAAACAAUAUUUCCUUUUUGUUGCCCUUGUUUUAUUAUUGUUACUGUUAUUGAUGUUAUUGUUGUUGGACAGGACAGAGAGAAAUGGAGAGAGGAGAGGAAGACAAGGGGAGAGAAAGACAGACACCUGCAGACCCGCUUCACUGCCUGUGAAGCGACCCCCCUGCAGGUGGGGAGCUGGGGGCUCGAACCAGGAUCCUCACACCGGUCUUUGAGCUUUGCGCCACGUGCGCUUAACCCGCUGCGCUACCGCCCGACUCCCCAGGGUCCUGUUUUAUAAACUCGUGAACUACCAUCCCCAUGAGUCACCAUUUUAAUGGAAUUUUUGAAUUUAGUAAUGCUUGUUGAUCACUUUAAAUAUUUACACAAUCUCAUUACAAUUAAAAACUUAGUAAACCUUACUACUAUUUUAUAGAAUUGGAGAUGUUCCAUUCAAUUCUACAUAGCACAUGCUCCUAACUCUCAAAAUAACCUUUUUCUAAGUAAAGCACAAACACCUUUUGUUUGUUUGGUUGGUUGGUUGGUUUUGGUCCUAGCACUGUUAAUAAUUCUCUGAAAAUUAGAUAGGAGUCCAGGAUUGUUUGUUUAUGUCUGCAUUCCAUAAGCAACUUCUAAGAAUAUGAAAAUGUGUAGUUUCAACAUAAAUUCUAGGCCUAUUCUUUUCUAUAUUAUAUAAAAGAACUCUGUAAUCUUGAUAUUAUAUUGUUCAUUUGUAUAAGCAUAUUUAUAAGCACUUUAGAAACUGUAGACUGCAAUAUGUAUUAUAGGUAUCAAAGUCAUGUUAAUAAUCUUUUGGUGAAUACUUAUAUAUUUGAGAGAUAAGAAAGCCUUAUAAUUUGAUCUAGUAAUGUGAUCAGUUGGAGUGAAGGAUUGUGAUGUAUGGAUGGAGAAACUGCUUUUUUGUGUUUUUGUGGAAACCUGGCAUUAACCCCACCGUUUGAAUGUUGGCAUAAAAGCUGGUAAGUGGGAAAUAGAGAGUAAGUUCUAUAUGGAAUUUAGUUUUAUAUCCAACCGAAAUUUACUUUUGAACCUUCAAAUAUGUUCACAACUUUUUCUGAGAAAUGACCAAGCAAUUAAUAUGUUUUUGUGUUUAUAACUGUUAGGUAUGUUAGCAAACAAGGCUUUCAGUUGAAUCUUGGGUAUUUUUUAACCCUGUAAUUUUUAACAUUUGGAAUGAGAAUUUGAAGGAAAUCCUGAAUAAAAGCAGCUGCUUUCUUGGGAAAGGAAACUUGUAGUUGAACACCAGUGCAAGAGGAAAGAAGGCCACCACACCAGAACUACGUCGGGAAGGGCUUUCAGAUGCUUUUUUUUUUUUUAAGGAUUUAUUUAUUCAUGAGAAAUAUAGGGAGGGAGGGAGAGAGGGAAGGAGGGAGAGAGAGAGAGGGAGGGAGAGAGAGGGAGAGAGAGAGAGAGAGGAGAGAGAGAGAGCCAGACAUCACUCUGGUACACGUGUUGCCAGGGAUUGAACUUGGGACCUCAUGGUUGAGAAUUCAGUCUUUAUCCACUGAAUUCAAUCUUUAUCCAUCUCCUGGACCACUCAGAUACUCUUUUUGGAUUUGAUCUAGGAUAUAUAUUGUUUUCUCUAGGAAGUGGCAGUCUUACUUCUUAAUCUCCACUUUCUGGCCAAUUUGAAACAUUGUGAUUCUUUAAGGACUAAUGCAUAACAAAAUUCUUUUACGUAGAUUUUUUCUAUUUGAUAAUAGGCUGCAACCAAAUAACUUAGAAAGCUAUCAAGACACCCAAAUAGUUUGGCGGUAUAAAUACUGCUAGGCACAGGGGGGAAAAGCACAAGUUCAAGGAAUAUUUAUACAAAGCAGCACUUGAUUAUUUCAUCUUGUUUGCAAAAUCUUACUGGCAUGUUUUGACUUUUUAUGUGAGGGAAACAAAGCUUUAACAGUUUCCUUCUUGGCUUCUCUCUCCAGAGGCUGAAGGAGCCAGGAUUAUUCCCCAGCCUGUUACUGUAUCUGCCCACUCUGGAGGGGAGAAGGAGUUGGGGGGUUUUACUCACUUUAUCAGUGCUGUGAAUUCAGGAAUGUUCUUACAUCCAAGCACAAGUACAGGGGUAACUCCUCAAAAUUCAUAUUGGAAAUCAGUGCUUUGAAAAUUUUUCUAUGCCACCACUUUCAUUCUUAGGGAUAAUUGAGAGUUGACUAUAUAGGAAAGGGCCAUGUUUCUGUUAAUUCUUUUUUCCUAUUAAGAUGGAAACGGUGCUUUCUUAAUAGUCUGAACAAGUCUGAAAGCAAAUCAUCACAAGCAGUUUCAUAUUGAGUGUCAUGAUCUUUGUGUCACAUGCACUUUUGAAGGCUGUUCAUCACCUUGCAACGUUCACGUACUGUGCUAUUUUUUAAACACAAUGUUGACCUUUCUGUAAUUUCCUAAAAUUAUAUAUACAUUGUUUUCCUCCAGCUCAACUUUCCUUUCUGUAUGCUACAUUAGGAAAUGACUAUCUUGUGAAAUAAAUGUGACUUUUUCCCCCUUUUGUACUGACA